AUGCACGCCUUUCAAGGCGACUGCGUCCGCGCUGUCGGGUGCCUCGACGACUGCUUGCGGCAAGAUUAUGGGUUUGUGGCUGCCCACUUUUUACGUGGCAGCCUGCGCGCGCAGCAGUGCUUGCCCGACUUGGCGCUCGCCGCGUUCCUUCUCGUGCGCAGUAAGGUGCCAUUGUACCCAAAAGUGCAAAGCUCGAUUGGGUACUGCUACUACGUCCUUGGCAACCACAAGAGCGCCAUCAUCGAGCUCACGGCGGCCAUCGCGCAAGCACGCCACGACGCGACGGCGCGCUAUACCCGCGGCCUCGCGCUGCAAGAACUAUUGGCUCUGGACAAGGCGAUCGACGACUUUUCCGCUGCGAUCGCCCUCGACAAGCACAUGGCACCCGCCUACUUUCAGCGCGCGAUUUGCCGCGUGCUGCAACAAGACUAUAGUGGAGCGAGCGCCGACUUGCGCGAGACGGUUCGGCUCGACACGGAUAUGCUGCACGCGUACGUCUUGCUCGGCUAUGUCUGCUACCACAACGACGAGGUGGAGACGGCGGUGGAAGUCUACUCGCAGUUUCUACUUGAGAAAACAACCGACGCCAAAGUACUCGUGUACCGUGGCUUGUGCUACUACCGCCUCGGCGAACUCGACUUGGCGCUGCGGGACCUUCACCGAGCGGUGAAACUCGAUGCGAAACUCUGGUUUGGCUACUAUGUGCUCGCUCUGUGCUAUCACAAAAAGGCGGAUGUCGACAGCACCGCCAAGAACAUUGCGCUCUGUGUCCCGUACUUUAAGGAGGUUCCGACGGCCGCGUCUUGGAAUGUGGCGCCGCCGCUUUGGCACAUCCACACGGUUUUUGCCUACCGCGGAAACGACACAAAGGCCACGCUGCUGCGUCUCGCCAAGUACGCCUGCAAGCACUCGUCGUCUCGACCCCCGCGGCCCGCCGUCGACACGACCAUGCAGAGCCCACGGCAGCUCUACGUGCGCGCGCUCUUCCAUCGUACGGUCCGGCACGUGGUCUUUUGA